AUGCUGACAGUAACUCAAGCUUUUGUAGUCCUGAUAUUUUUUUUGUUAAUUGUUCAGUUUUUCAAACUGCGAAAAGCUUGCAAGCAAUUCCCUCCUGGACCAACUCCUCUCCCAUUGCUUGGAAACUUGGUGCACCUGAACUUUCAAUUUCACCGGGAUCUUCUGAUGGAGCUGGCAAAAACUCAUGGUAACAUAUAUACUUUGUGGUUCGGGUGGACCCCAGUGAUCAUACUGAAUGGAUUUCAAGCAGUGAAGGAUGGCAUGACCACACACCCUGACGAUGUUUCUGGACGGUUGGUGUCACCUUUCUUCAGGGCAAUGGCCAAAGGAAAAGGUAUUAUAUUGGCAACUGGUCGCUCCUGGAAGCAGCAGAGACGCUUUGGAAUAAUGACUCUACGCAAUUUGGGAAUGGGAAAAAAGGGCCUGGAGCAUCGAGUGCAAGAGGAGGCCUCUCACCUGGUGGAGUUUUUUGUGAACCUAAAAGGAAGACCUGUGGAUCCUUCUUUCCCUCUUUUCCAUUCUAUUUCAAAUGUGAUUUGUGCUGUAGUUUUUGGAUAUCACUUCUCUGAUGAAGACAAAACCUUCCAUGAAAUGAUCCAUGCCACAGAGAAUUUAUUCAGAUUUGCAGGCAGUUUUUUUCAUCAGAUGUAUGAAAUCCUCCCUUGGCUGAUGUGCCGUCUCCCUGGGCCUCAUAAGAAGGCAUUGGCUUGCUAUGAUGUCCUGAGUUCUUUUGCAAGAAAGGAGGUCAGAAGACACAUGGAGAGAGGGAUACCAGCUGAGCCACAGGAUUUCAUUGACUUUUACCUGGCUGAGAUGGAGAAAUCUAAAGAGGGGGUCAAGCCCAAGUAUGAUGAAGACAAUUUGGUCUAUGUCAUAAAUGAUCUUUUCCUCGGUGGAUCGGAGACCUCAAGCACAACAUUGUACUGGGGACUGCUCUAUAUGGUCGUGAAUCCAGAUAUUCAAGAGAAAGUGCAGAAGGAGCUGGAUGCUGUUCUGGGUCCUUCCCAGUUAAUUUGCUAUGAGGACCGGAGAAAACUGCCCUACACAAAUGCUGUGGUCCAUGAGAUUCAGCGCUUCAGCAACAUUGUCGUUGUGGGCAUGCCCAGGGUGUGUGUGAGGAACACAACACUGCUAGGAUUCCCUGUCAAAAGGGGCACCAUCGUUAUACCAAAUAUAGGAUCUGUUCUGUAUGACCCUGAGGAAUGGGAGACACCUCGACAGUUCAACCCGGGCCAUUUUCUGGAUAAAGAAGGAAACUUCAUCCCUCGAGAAGCUUUCUUACCAUUCUCAGCAGGGCACCGUGUGUGUUUGGGGGAGCACCUAGCGAGGACCGAGCUCUUUAUUUUCUUUGCCAACCUGCUGAGGGCUUUCACCUUCCAGCUCCCCGAGGGAGUGACAGAGAUCAACACAGAGCCCAUUUUGGGGGGUACCCUGCAGCCCCACCCAUACAGGGUUUGUGCCAUUCCACGCUAGGCUGCAGCAGUCACAGACCAGCACGAGACAGCCACCUUUACCUCUGUGAAUUUCCUCUCAAUGUAUAAACCUCCUUCUACUAGCCAGGAUAUUGAUAUUAGUCUAUCCCAGAGCUACUCAGAAAGUGGACGCAAGCCAAGAUCCAGACUGUCAGUACUUUUGGUUUGGUCUUUGUGAAAGUCAAAGAUAUCCUCGCAAGGAUCUUAACCAAUUUCUCCUCUCGGAGAGCAAGUGAUGCCAGAUGCUAUGGUUCCCAGCUGAAGCCAACAUGCUGUGUCCCCUUGUCCUGGCCAAGCAAAAUCCUUAUGCUCAGUCCUGAGCAAACCUCAGUAAAAUUCAACAGAGGAUUUCAGCAAGAGCUGAGUAGGUGCCAUUCCUGUGAGUGGUCUGAUAACCUCAUGUAAUUUGACUCUGAAAAACACCCUUUUAAAGCCCUGUUUUGGUUUUAGUGUCCUGAACUUAGACACUUUAAUUUGUUGACAUGUUGCAAAUAAAAAACCAAAACCAACAAACAAACAAAAACCAAACAAAACCACAAACCAACACCUAAAUUCCAGGAAACACAUUAGAAUGUGGGUAAUUUGUGUCUGAAUUUGAUGUUAAGUAUCUUCCACGUACAAGGUAAAAAGAGUCAUCUUAAAGUUGAAGAAAAAAACUUAAAUUUGGUGUUAACUAGUAGUGUGAAUGUGUGACUUCACAGCCUGAUCAUGGUUAUAACAUAUUGCCAAAUUAUUUGUUAGUUGUUUGUUUGCUUGUUUUAAUUUUAAGGAUGUAGAAACACACUCGUUCUCAAUCCUUAUCAGAAGAGGUAUAAAUGUGAGAUGAGAGAGUCAUUUUUGCAGUGGGCUUCACUGGUAACUCCACAGCAGAGGAACAUAGAGACUUUGGAAGGCAGCCUCUAGGGGAUAUUUAAACACCUGAUACUCCUCAUUUUCUCUGGACCCUUUUCUUCUUUCAUUACAACCCACACCACAUUUCCUGCUCUCCAUUCAAUUUCUUUCUAAUCCUCCUUCCCCAGUUUCAGUUCCUGCUCCCACCUACCCUUUAUCCUUAUAAACUCUAUUUCAGGAUUCACCUUGAUGUGAUGACAUCAAGCUUCUGUCUCCUUUUUUCUGCACAAGUAUUAGUCAAGGAAUCCACGAUGAACUGAAAACAAUCACCAGUGUGUUUUCAGGAGGGAUUUUGGAAAAUCUGAUGUAUUUUUUCCUUAUGGCUCCAGAUCAUGGAAAGAAGAGCACAGUAACUAUGGAGGGCACACUAUAAGUGACCUAGUGUAAGAAAAGGCAUAAAUGAUGAUGUGAUACAGGAAUUCUAAAAUAUCUAUUACUUCAAGUAGCUGUUCAUUGGCACUGAUUCAACUCAAGACCAAGACAGUUUGAGCAUACAGCUGGAGGUGACAGUCAAGUUCAACUGUAGCUUUGUUAAGGCAAAGUUCUGCAGAAUUCUCGAAUAAAAAUCACUUUUGGAAAGGAUUCAAAUAUUGGAGUUGAGUAGAGCUGCCUGUAGACACUGCUGUAAACUUAGCAUUGAAUUUGUACUGAGGACCAAAAGUGCUUUUAUGUUGGAAUAGAAACUAUUUGUAAUUAAAUCACUGUGGUACAUCUGAGCUCCCUGAAUUUAAUAAUGGAGGAGAAUGCUACUACAAAAAAGUGAGAACUACUGAAAAUCAGGCUGAGCCUGACCAGAUCGUGGUGUGCCUUGUAGCUCUGGCACAAUCCAGUUUUGGCAGGCUUGCUGGGCUGGAAGGGAAAUUAGGGCAGCAAUAGGUUUCACAAAAGCAAUAGCUGUAAUAAAUAAUCCAGCCUGUUACUCCACAUAGCGUAUCAAAUAGUGUUCCAGGGCCUACACACUUCUGCUCAGCCUCCUUUCCACCUUUGUCUGCACUUAUCCUCCACCCUGCCCUCCCACACCUGCUCCUCUCCACUAACCCUGCUAGAGGUGGUGCCUCUCACUGCCUUGGCCUGCUCCACUUGUCAUCUUGCCACUCACUGAAGAAGCUUAAUCAUAAGAUGUGUGUGAAACUGGUUGUGCUCAAGGGCUGAAACAGUAAAUCCACUGAGAUUGUGCUCAGUCCUGUUGAUAAACGGCUUCCCCAUAACUAGGCAGGGCUCAGGAGUGGCACAAGGUGGAAGAACUGGGAAUGUACUGCCCAUUUCAGCCACUCCAGGACCCUGUCCACCAGCCUCCUACCAGGCAGUAAAAAGAAGCAUAUUUGCUUUUGAAGAAUCUAUUAGAAAAUCUGGCUGAAGAGCAGGAGACCCCCUGCUUUACCUUUGGCUGACUUAGUUUCCAGACUGUCUGACACAGUAGUUUAGCUAUUCCUGAGCAGUGGAGCCAGUGUGGUGUGUGUAACCUCCUACAUGGAUUAGUCCACAUGGGACAAGCAGUGAGAGAGUUUUCUGGGCUAGUGACCUACAGCAUCUACUUAUACUCAUGUAUUCCUGUAAAGAUUUGAAGAGACAUGAUGGAGGAAGGCAAACAAACUCAGGAAACGUGAUCUUCCUCCUUUGGGAAGCUUGGGAGUGCUUCUGAUAUGGAAAACCAUACUGUUUCUCCUCCUAAAGAUCCUUCUCUCAGUAACUGUCCAGGGUUGCAGACCUCCAGCUCCUGGACUGACUAACCUCUGGCAGUGGAGAAAUUUGCAAGUUAUAGGGAAAGAGCUGAAGUGAUCCCAGGGCACUGGUUUGAUGACAGCAGUUACUUCGGGUUGGCCCAGAUGGUCAGUUUUCUCAACUGACUUCCCUAAUUCUCUGUCCACAGCCCUUCCCAUUCCUUUCUGGCCCCUCCAAGUACUGCUUUCCCUCCUGUCCAUCAUCUGUCAUCACUUGGCUACCCACUGUUACAGGCCCAUGGUACGUGUCUGCCUUACGCCAUCGAAGGGCUGCCAGGCUGAAAGGUGUACGCCCUGCUGCUGAUGGCUGCAGUGGUGUAACACUUCUUUUAAUUACAGAGAUUAACUCUCCCACCCCAUCUUUUUUUUAUUUUAUAACCAGUGUCAGCCACAGCCUCAGAUCUCUGAGUUGAGGUAGAACUGUCAUCCUUAAUAAUACCGCUUGGAAGGUUUUGAAAUUGGGUUGCACGAGUCUAUUCCAGAGAAAGAUGUGCAAAUGAGUGUAUUACUUUUUAAAGCACUGUGAUUCCUCUGGGGAAAAGUCAGUUCAUGUCACAGAUCUGCAGAAAUGUUGCUUUGUUUCGUAUUUGCAGGAUAGCAGGAGUGUGUCAACCCACAAAACCUAAAAUAUUCAAUGUUGAUGGAUAGGAGAGAGCUGCCUAACAUUAUACUCAGCUCUGCUAAAUUACAGUUAAGGAAAAUACCAGCGAGUUGUCUGACAACAGGAUCCUCUGCUAAUUUUUUUCUUGUGUCUUUCUUUCUGUUUCAUGGUGGAGCUCUACUGGGUAGCAAUAUUAGUGCCACAACCAUAAGCAGGCUAUGUGCCAAACUCUAGGGAAGCUAUUUACCCUGGCAAAAGGAAAAAGCAGAUACUGGAGACAAAGAGGGCCUUGUGUAAAAGUUUGUAGAUUUUGCAUCCAUCCAAAGACUAAAAGCAAGAGUCGAUUUUUUUCUCUUCUGUUCAAACAAGUUGUUUGGGAAACUGGUUUGUGCCCAAGACGCAGGCUAAACCAUCCCUGUUGAUGCUUCAGGGUAGGACCCAGUGAAUCUACAGCACACAGUAGGGGAAUCUGACAUUUAUGGGAUUAGAUUUGGGAAAAAAUAAUAUUAUCUGCUGCACCAACAUACACAU